AUGUUUAAUCCUGAUAUCAAUGAUUACCAAUUAACUUCCAUUAUAGCAGAGUGUUGUGGCGGAGUGGCCGUUGUUUAUUCAGCUUUGUACAAGCCAAAUAAUCAAAAUGUGGCUAUCAAGAGAUAUUUUGUGGAUGAAAGCAAAGAGAAAGAGAAAGCAAAUUUGAUACAGCAAGAUAUCCUCACCAGGAAAGAACUGCAGCAUCCCAACAUUCUGUCAUACUUGACAUCUUUUGUCCAUGGCCAAGAGUUGUAUGUGGUGUCCCCAUUAAUGACUUUAGGGUCAUGUCGUGACAUUCUUGAUCGGUAUUUUCAAGAAGGUCUACCAGAGCUUGCCUGUGCUAUUAUAUUGAAAGAUGUCCUACUAGCUUUACAGUAUUUACACAAGCAACUGUUUGUUCACAGAAGUGUCCGCGCUAGUCAUGUUCUUCUGGACACAAAUGGUAGUGUAAAACUGUCAGGGCUCCGUACUGCCGCAUCUAUGAUGGUGCGCGGCAGACGCCAGCGUCAACUACACAAUCUUCCUCCACCUGAUCACGAUAAUGCUAACUUGAUGUGGCUGAGUCCAGAAUUAUUAGAACAGAACUUGAAGGGCUACGACGAACGUUCCGACAUUUAUUCACUGGGCGUACUGUGCUGCGAACUUGCCAACGGCGCGGUUCCCUUCGCGGAAGUGCCCACUACCCUCAUGUUCACGGAGAAAGUAAGGGGAAGCAGGCCUCAGCUACUAGACUGUUCGUCGUUUCCGGAGCCUCUUGACGAUGGGGAGAUGAAGAGUAUGUAUAACACGGACAGCGGGGUGGGUGACAGCGCUGACGGAGUAUCCCGACUGCGGCAAGUGUACGCAAACAGGAAGCUGUCCGACACCUUCCACCACAUCAGUGAGAUGGCGCUGCAGAGAGAUCCAGAGCGACGACCGUCUGCAACGCAGCUUCUGAAUCACGCUUUCUUCAAGCAGAUAAGGAAAACCGACUUCUUGCCAAGUCUCAUCGGUCGCGUGAAGCCCAUCAAAGCUGACCCUAGUGACAUGUCAGCUUUAUUAUUGCAAGAGAAAUUGUCAGAGAUGGAGAUAGAGAAGCAAACGGAGUGGGACUUUUAG